AUGUCUGGACGCGGAAAGGGCGGAAAGGGUCUUGGCAAGGGCGGCGCGAAGCGUCACCGCAAGAUUCUCCGUGAUAACAUUCAGGGUAUUACCAAGCCUGCCAUUCGUCGCCUUGCCCGUCGUGGUGGUGUAAAACGUAUCUCUGGUCUCAUCUACGAAGAGACUCGUGGUGUCCUCAAGGUCUUCCUCGAGAAUGUCAUCCGCGACUCUGUCACCUACACAGAACACGCCAAGCGCAAGACUGUCACUGCACUCGACGUUGUCUACGCACUCAAGCGCUCAGGGCGUACCCUCUACGGUUUCGGCGCAUGA